AUGAGCGACGCAGAAAUCCGCGCCACCGAUCCGGACAGCACCGCUGUCUAUCCCGUUCUGCCCCUGCGCGACAUUGUCGUCUUUCCCCAUAUGAUCGUUCCGCUCUUCGUUGGCCGCGAGAAAUCGAUCAAGGCGCUGGAAGAGGUGAUGACGACCGACAAGCACAUUCUUCUGGCAACGCAGAUGAAUGCGGCGGAUGACGAUCCCAAUCCCGAUCAAAUCUACAAUGUCGGCACGCUCGCUACCGUGCUUCAGCUGUUGAAGUUGCCGGACAACACCGUGAAGGUGUUGGUGGAAGGCGGCGCGCGCGCGCAGAUCGGCGAGUAUUCGGACAGGUCCGACUAUUUCGAAGCCUCCGCAACGGUGCUGCCUGAGCGUGAUGGCGAGAAUAUCGAAGUCGAAGCGCUGGCGCGCUCCGUCGUUUCCGAAUUCGAGAACUACGUGAAACUGAACAAGAAGGUUUCGCCGGAAGUUCUCGGCGCAGUCAAUCAGAUUGACGACUAUUCCAAGCUUGGAGACACGAUCGCAUCGCACCUGGCAAUCAAGAUCCCGGAAAAGCAGGAGAUUCUUGGCGUCGUUUCCGUUGCUGAGCGGCUCGAGCGGGUUCUUGGCAUGAUGGAGAGUGAAAUCUCCGUCCUGCAGGUUGAAAAGCGUAUCCGGUCGCGCGUCAAGCGUCAGAUGGAGAAGACCCAGCGCGAGUACUAUCUGAACGAGCAGAUGAAAGCCAUUCAGAAAGAGCUCGGUGACAGCGAGGACGGGCGUGACGAAGUCGCCGAACUUGAAGAAAAGAUCAAGAAAACCAAGCUGACCAAGGAAGCACGUGAGCGUGCAGCGGCCGAGAUCAAGAAACUCAAACAGAUGAGCCCGAUGUCCGCGGAAGCGACCGUUGUUCGCAACUAUCUGGAUUGGUUGAUCGGCAUUCCGUGGAACAAGAAGUCCAAGGUCAAGCACGACCUUGCGCUUGCCGAAAAGGUUCUCGACACGGAUCACUACGGUCUCGACAAGGUCAAGGAGCGCAUUGUCGAGUAUCUAGCCGUUCAAAGCCGCGCCAACAAAUUGCGCGGACCGAUUCUUUGUCUUGUCGGGCCCCCGGGCGUUGGCAAGACAUCUCUCGGCAAGUCCAUUGCCAAUGCGACAGGACGUGAAUUUGUUCGCAUGUCACUUGGUGGUGUCCGUGAUGAAGCCGAGAUCCGCGGUCACAGGCGCACCUAUAUCGGUUCGAUGCCCGGCAAGGUCAUCCAGUCGAUGAAGAAGGCGAAGAAAUCCAAUCCGCUGUUCCUGCUCGACGAGAUUGACAAGAUGGGCAUGGAUUUCCGUGGCGAUCCGUCCUCGGCACUUCUCGAGGUGCUUGAUCCUGAACAGAACUCUUCUUUCAUGGAUCAUUAUCUGGAGGUCGAAUACGACCUUUCCGAUGUCAUGUUCGUCACAACGGCCAAUACGCUGAAUAUCCCGGGUCCCCUGAUGGACCGUAUGGAGAUCAUCCGGAUCGCCGGCUACACCGAAGAGGAAAAGGUGGAGAUCUGCCGCCGUCACCUCAUCCCGAAAGCGGAAAAGGAUCACGGCCUGCGGGAAGGCGAGUUCAAGAUUGAAGACGACGCACUCCAGUUUGUCGUUCGCCGUUAUACUCGCGAAGCCGGUGUUCGUAACCUUGAACGCGAAAUGGCGACCCUGGCCCGGAAGUCGGUCAAGGAAAUCCUGAUGAGCGAUAAGGAAAGCAUCACGGUAACCCCGGAGGUGGUCGAGGACUAUCUGGGCGUGCCACGUUAUCGCUACGGCGAAGUCGAGUUGGAAGACCAGGUCGGCGUGGUGACCGGGCUUGCGUGGACAGAGGUCGGCGGCGAAUUGCUGACGAUUGAAGGCGUGAUGAUGCCGGGCAAGGGCAAAAUGACCGUGACCGGCAACUUGAAAGACGUGAUGAAGGAGUCGAUUUCAGCUGCCGCAUCCUACGUCCGCUCGCGUGCGGUCGAUUAUGGGAUCGAGCCGCCGAAAUUCGACAAGACCGACAUCCACGUGCAUGUACCGGAAGGCGCAACACCAAAGGACGGUCCAUCGGCCGGCAUCGCAAUGGCAACGGCGGUUAUCUCGACCAUGACCGGUAUUCCCGUUCGCAGGGAUGUGGCCAUGACCGGUGAAAUCACGCUACGGGGCCGCGUUCUGCCGAUUGGCGGCCUGAAGGAAAAAUUGCUGGCUGCGCUGCGUGGUGGCAUCAAGCUGGUGAUGAUUCCGGAAGACAACGCCAAGGACCUUGCCGAGAUUCCGGACUCGGUCAAAAACUCGCUCGAGAUCAUCCCGGUUUCGGGUGUGGAAGAGGUGCUGAAAAACGCGCUUGUGCGUCAACCGGUGCCGAUCGAGUGGGAUGAAAAUGCUGCUGAAGCUGCCGCAAAAGCAGCUGAGUCGGACAAAGACAAGACCGGUGUUUUGGCCCACUAA